AUGAGCAGGACGACAAAAAGAGUCAGAGGCCGCAUGCAGCCAAUGGAGCAUGGUCACCCACCCGCUUCGGUGUUAAAAAGUGAUAGUCUACAACUUCACGAUGAAGCAGACUUGAUCAACUUCCGUGCCGAUGCAUUCUCCCGUUUCAUCAGCAAUCAAGACCUUCUAGAAACAGCGGCUCUGAAACCGUUCCAUACAUCAAAAAUAGCACCUCCUUCGCCCUUCCCGGUGCACAAGAAGAAGCUUUACGAAGAAGAUGCCACAGACGAUAAAGUGAAAGAGGUACUUCGAAAUCUCGAAAAGGAGGAUUUUAUUUUCGGGGACAUAAGGCUCAUGAAGCUCAAGGGCAAAAUGAUUGAGGAGGAGAUUGAAGAAGACCGCAAAGCUUUGGCCGAAAUGAAGGAAGACCCCGAUAAGUCAUUCAGCGACGAAAUGACGUUUCAAAAGAAGGCUGUGGCACAGCUAGCGAAACUCCAUCGCGAGUGUAACGACGCACAAUCGCUUGAGAAGCUCGAGAAUGCUUUGGAGGACACUUUGGCGGAAUAUGAGGAGAAGUACAACAAGAACUACAAGCUACAACAAACCGCGUACACCAAGCGGUCCAUUCCAGCAGAGGAGUUGGGUGCCACGGUUGAAAAGGCGCCUGAAAACUACAAUCCACGUCUGAUAUCGUCCUUCUUGGACAUUGAGGAUAAGCCCGAGGAGAAGCAACAGGACUUCCAGGACCAAAUGUUUGGUGACCAUCAGAACGACAAUAACGGUCAGCUUUACAUGCAAGGCAACGGAGACGAAGACUUUGCCAUGGCGAUGAUGAAUGAACACGGUAGCGAAAGCCAUCAGGAGAAACCCGAUGUUCCUGCUCCACAGCCAGGGCAGCCAAACAAGCAGGACAAUAAUGAAAACGAUGUCAACAUGGAGGAUCUUAAUCAGUUCCUCGCAGACCCACAGGGUAAUGAUGACAUGAUGGGUGAUGACAUGGACGCGUUGAUGAACUUUGGUCCUGACAACGAAGAAGGCGGAAUUAUGGAUGACGACGCCUUCAACUCGGAUUUCCUCAUUUUGCCCGACUUGGCAGAAUGUGGUGAUUCCGGCUGUUUACCAGCUCAGUUUGAGAAAACUGUCAUUGUGGUCAUCGAUGCUUUGCGUUUUGACUUUGUCAUACCUGUGGAUGAUGCUGAUGCUGAUCCCUACUUUCACAACAACUUACCCAUCUUGUAUGAUCUCAUGCAAAAACAGCCGGACAACGCUGUACUCUUAAAGUUCUUGGCUGAUCCACCCACAACAACGUUGCAGCGUCUCAAGGGCCUUACCACCGGAACCCUACCGACAUUUAUUGACGCUGGUUCCAACUUUAAUGGUGAGGCGAUAGACGAGGACAAUUGGAUUCUUCAGCUUCACAAACAAAACAAAUCUAUUGCAUUUAUGGGAGACGAUACCUGGGAUGGCUUGUUUAAAGCGUAUAUCAACCCAGACCUCCAUUUUCCUUACGAUUCCUUUGACGUGGGAGACUUACAUACCGUUGACAACGGUGUGAUAGAGCAUAUGUAUCCAUUGCUCGAACGCAGUCGUUCAAAGGAGUGGGACCUUCUCAUUGGACACUUCCUCGGCCUAGACCAUGUGGGACAUAGAUUCGGGCCCCGUCACCACGCUAUGAAAGACAAAUUGCAUCAAAUGAACUCUGUCAUCGAGGACGUGGUGAACAAAAUAGACGAUAAGACCUUGCUCAUCGUGAUGGGCGAUCACGGAAUGGACUCCACAGGAAACCAUGGUGGUGAUAGUCCCGAAGAGUUGGAAAGUACACUUUUCUUCUACUCCAAGAACAGGAAGUUUCACAUCAAUAAGCACGAGGCUUCCGAGUACGACCUUACGAAUAAAGGCCGGAACUAUAGAGCUGUUAACCAGAUCGAUUUGGUUCCCUCGAUCUCUUUGCUAAUGGGAUUGCCAGUUCCAUACAACAAUCUCGGAUUUCCAAUAGAUGAGGUCUUCAGCAACGACAAAGAGCUUAACUUGGCCAGUCACAUCACCAUCGAGCAAAUCAAUAGAUUCAGAGAGGUUUCGAAUGAGUUUGGACUGGAUGUGAAGUUUGCGGAGAAAUACCAGUUUAUUUCAGAAAACUUCAGGAAGCAUGGGAAGAACAAAAAACAUUUUUCAGACUUAAUUCAGGAAUCUAAGGCAUUUCAGGAGGAGUUUUUAGAUCAUUGCAAGGGACUUUGGGCUCGGUUUGACUUGGUACUUAUAGGGCUCGGCAUCACGGUGAUGCUAUUAUCCCUCUCUUUUGCCAUCACGUACUCACGCUCAAUUCCUUCGGUGAGAGUCCUGACAAUGUCCUUUGAGUUCAUCGGCUCCAUAAUUGCGAUGACCCUUUUGGGCCUUGUCUCUAGCAUUUCCAUAUUUAUUGUUCUACGGCCCUCAGGUGUCACUCUUCCAGCACCGUUGUGGAUUGGAACUGGAAUGAAAUUCCUUAUGUUCAUGAACGCAUCAUACUGGACGAUUGAAUAUGUGGAAAAUAAUGACUAUCUCGGCGACAUCGCUAAGUCCUUCAUCGAUCUUGGGUUGACCGAAUCUUUGAAGCUAGGCAUUGCUCGAAUUGUGUUGUUUAUUGCCCUUGUGCUUGCCAAUUUCAGCUGGUCUCGGGGUCCCUUGUGUGUCAAGAUAGAAAUGUCUGAUGCACCCGAAAACAACAGUCUUGAGAUGUCAUCCGACUCUGAUGAUGAAGGAGAGACUUUGUCACCAAGACCUAGACAACCAAGACAGCCAUCAGCUACAAUUCUAGGCUACGAAAACGUUUAUGGCUCGUCAUACUUCUUGCUCAUUAUCAAUGCAACUUGUGCCAUUCUUCUAGUUACGCAGCCGAUUGGAGCUGUUUCAUUGUGUAUUAUGGUGGUGCAACUUUUGUCGCUAUUAGAGCUUUACGAUAUCUUGAACCUUCAAAGAAACUUGGUCGCUGUGAUCGUGUUUGGGCUUCUUGGUUAUCAACACUUUUUCAGUACGGGGCAUCAGGCGGCUAUCCGUUCGAUUCAAUGGGAAAUCGGCUUUAUGGUGAAUCAAAAGGUUCUGUACAUCCUUUCUGGGUUAACGAUUAUACUCAACACAUUCGGUUCCUUCUUCAUUAUAUGCCUCGCGGUGCCGCUCAUCACCCUUUGGAGGAUUCCUCCAUCAGCAAAACCCAUCACGCUACUUGCGCAAGUGGUAACUAAUGUUACUACAUUGCUCACGUAUCAAACUAUUAUCAGCAUCAUGAGUUUCAUUUUUGCUGCCCACUUUAGACGUCACUUGAUGGUGUGGAAGAUUUUUGCCCCUCGGUUCAUGCUUAGUGCGCUUUUGCUCAUCGUUUUCAACGUCUCACUCACGUUUGGAACGAUGUGGUUUGCCACGUCCCGAGUCUUGACCCAGGUCAACCGCAUCUUUGGUAAGUGA